AUUUCCCAUGCACAAAGAGAGAUUCGGUAUCGUCUGAACACAACUGUGUACCAGAUACGAUCUUUCUGCAUAACACGAGGCUAAGAAAUCAUAUCACCACGCGAUUACCGAACGAGCCCUGCUCGAGUCACGUUCCAAAGGGCCCCCGUAUUGCUAGGAGUUGAAGUAUGAUCCUCGAGCUGUGGCAGGUCCGUGACUCGACAAACAUAUCUGGUUUAUUGGACGGAGAGCGUUACCUAUCUGGAUUGCCGUAUCGGGUGAGGGGAGGUGUGUACGCGCUCUCGAGUUCGAACCUGUGACGUCACGUGAGUCACAAUUCCGGAAAAAUAGAAAUCAUUGACAUUGUUUAUCUCGAUGCAAUUUUGGAAAUUGAUACGAUCUGGGCGCGUCGGUUCGGGGUAUAUAUGGAACCCAUAUCCAGUCCGGAUCACAAUAUCUCUACGUGUCCUGAGGAGAAUUAUCCAGUUUCAAGGCACGCUGAAAGAAACGGUUUCUCGUAACCCAGACGACAGCUUCACUGCGGCAGACGACAUCUCAUAAUGCGUCCCACUCUCUUCACUCUGGUCGUCUGCGUUUGUCUGAUGGCCCUCCCCGACGCUCAAGGGCACGGGCGUCUGGUGGAACCCCCCUCCCGCUCCAGUAUGUGGCGGUACGGCUUUGACAACCCCACCAACUACAACGAUCACGAGCUCUACUGCGGAGGAUUUCAGAGACAAUGGGAUGUGAACGGCGGGAAGUGUGGCGUUUGUGGUGAUCCCUGGGACGGAAAACGCGAAAACGAGGCUGGGGGGAAAUACGCCAAUGGAAUCAUUGCCCGGAAGUACAAACCAGGGGAGACAAUCACCAUUAACGUGGAUCUUACAGCCAAUCAUUUGGGGUACUUCCAGUUCCGCUUGUGCCCCCACAAUAGCCCGCAGACUCCAGUUAAACAGGAAUGUUUGGACAGACAUCUCCUCAGGCACACAGACGGAAGUGACCGCUUCAGUGUCACUACUGCAUGUCGGGGAAUAUACUCAAUGGCUGUCGUACUUCCGGCGAAUGUCACUUGCUCCCAGUGUGUCCUUCAGUGGAGAUACAAUACAGGUAACUCCUGGGGAUGUGAUGGCCCAACUUGUUGCGUGGGUUGCGGGCCACAGGAACAGUUCUAUGGCUGCGCGGAUGUCGCAAUCUCUGCAGACUCCGAAGACCAGACGAAAUCGCCAACCUCCACAUUCAACGUCCACAGUGCAACGUCACCGUGUCACGUGGCCACGAAACCCGUCGAGCAGACGACAUCUGAAGCUCGAAAUAUCACAGCAGCGGCCAAUACCACUACUACCUCCACCGGAACGACAACAGUCACUGCAUCCCCAACAUCAGCUGCGACGUCUAAGACCACCACUAGCGUUGCCGACAGCACAACAGCGGACGAUAGCGAUGAAAACAGCGGCGACUGUAAGGCCACGGGGCCUUGGGAAGGGAACCCAAGAAUCACUGUCUGGUGUCUUGCCAACUGUCGACGUGGUUACUGUCCUGAAUAUUAUUGUUCAGACGCGUGUCGCCAUCAGACCGAGUAUUGACGAGAACCUUUUUCCUCAACAUCGAUCAGACAGUUUGCCAGUCACGUUUGCUCAAUCAUCUUUUGUACACGUUUUGUCGUCUUUUUUAUCAUUCCUUGAGAUAUUAUAUUUUCUGUUUUUAUGUUUAUUUUUAUAUUCUAAUAAAAAGCAGUAUUUGCUACACUA